AUGGACGGACCACUUCGCUUUAUGCUGAAAACUGAUCUCAGUACCUCGAUUCCACCAUGGAUCGUGGAUGUGAUUCUGAAGAAUCCUCCGUUCGAAUCCAUUCAGGGUGUCAACAAUUUUCGCAACUUUACUCUUCAGAGUGGGUUUCGUAAGGGGUACGUGUACCGUUCUGCGCGUCUGAACGGAAUCUCAGAAUUAGGAAAGAGCACAAUGGCCAAUGACUUGGGAGUAACCACUAUCUUCGAUCUUCGUGACGAAGGAGAAAUAGGUCAGAUCCCCAGCCCGGUAUUUGCUAAUGGAAUCUCCACCAUCUCGUUGCCGUAUGCAACCACGUUAGCAUCAUUGAAGACGGAAGAUUUCGACCGAAACCACGAGGAGACAAGAUUGGCGGCCUUCUGCAGGUUGUAUAUCGAUAUCACCAAGGCAUUGAGUCCAAUUUUUCGACUGGUGUUCACUCACAUUAAGGAUCGACCUGAUGACCCCUUCGUUUUUCACUGCUCGCUUGGAAAAGACCGCACUGGAGUCUUGGCAGCACUGAUCCUCCUUCUUGCUGGAUCGCCCGCUAACGAAAUAAUAGACGACUACGUUAUCACACGCGCGACACUCGAGCCAGCGCGAGAACGUUUGUUGCGCAGAUGGGGGAAGUGCAAUGGAGAUGAUUUGAGUCUCCAUCAAAUGGGUUGUAUUGAGAUGAGAGGAGCUCAAAUGCACGUCAUGGCGGCCUUCUUGACCACGUUCCAGACGAUUUAUGGCAGUAUCGAUAACUUUCUCACCAGAAUCCUCGAGUUUAGUGCUGCCGAUGUGCAGCAGAUGCGACAGAACUUGAUCGCCGCUGCUCCUCCGGCCGCUGCCGGACAUUAG